AUGUUCCCUCGCCGUCCAUAUAUUGGCCGACAUCCUCUUCGGCCUGCGCCGACCCGGCGCAACGAUCCACUAGAGGAAGACCCAGAGAGCCAGCAAUUAGAGAGCCAGUUCUAUCCGAGCAUCUUCGAUGUCCUCAAAGUCCGGCAUCUUCUACUCUGGAAAACAAAGCCGGAGGGGCUUCCAGCUGAGGUUGUGGAUAUGAUCGUGGACGCCGCCGAAUACUGGGCUUCGACCAAAGCCAAGCUAGAUGAUAGUAGACGGAUACAAAAAGAUGUGGACCAAGCGGUGCUUUGCACGAGUCCUCUAUGUUAUACUGAGAAUACUCCAGAUACGCCCACGCCUAAGCUCCUUCCGCAUAGAACCAUGCAUCCAUGUCGAAAGAUAGUCUUCUCCAUUCUCUCUCAUGACCAAGGUGGCUACUCUGAGAGCCGCCUGGCUGGACCAGAUCAUCCACCAGCCUACGAGGGAACUUACACAUGGUUUGACGCUGAGGUGGUCCAUAACGCACAUGAGCCAUCGCAGAAGAGUGCCAUAGAUGAAAUGUUGGACCCCUCGAAUAAGAGCCCAAGGCAUUAUGCACCCGAUGAUCCUCUACUGCUCCCACGAGGCAACGCACUGCAGCGCAACCGCGCUCGAAUGUCCCGGGCGAAGCGGCAUAUUAUCAACUGGCACUAUCUGGACGACAUUGCGUCCGACUCUUCGGAGGCGGGUGAUAUAGAACGUGAUAGUGGGAGAGGACGGGACACUCUGAACGGUAAAAAAGUUCGCGAGAUGGAGAUUGGGGACUCAGUAGUGAUAUGGGCACGAGCACGAUUCCCGGGAUGGGUGAACUACGUCGAUGAAGUGUCCGUCCGGGUUUAUUGGGCGAUUUGA